AGCAGCGCCACCUAUUUGCCGCCUCCCAUUGCGAUGGGUUUUCUUCCCCUCUACUCGUCGAGCCGUCGUCGCCGCCGCCGCCGGCGAGCUCCCGCGGCGAGGCGAGCCGCCGUCUCAGACCCUAGGCCCUAGCUGCAGCCCGCCCGGUCUGCUUCACCAUGGAGGACGCCGUACCUACGCUGCCCUUGGCGCCAUCCCCCGCCCUCUUCGCCGCCGCGGUCGCGUUCACUCGCCGGCGGUCACACCUCGACAGCGCCUCCUACCGCGCGCUCUCACGCCUCUUCUCUCACUGUUUGCACCUCCACCCAUCGCGCCGCGAGGGCCCCGCGCCGCCCGACGCCGAGCCCGCCGCCGCGAACCCUACCGUCGUGGAGUCCGGCGAUCCCCCGCAGGCGCCUAAGGACGCCGAUUUUGAUCGGCGGAAAAAUGUGGGAAAAGAGGCGGCGGCUGCGGGAGGCCCUUCGCGCCACGAGACCGUCUCGCCCGCGAGGGAUCAACCCGCCGCGGCGAACCCUACCGUUUGCCCGGGUGAGGCUGAGGCUCCGCAGGGCUCGCUGGAGGAUGUGGACGAGGUAGUUGUUGUAGAAAGCACCAGCGGUAAGACCGGCACCAGGGGUGAGGAGUCGGGGGCUGGAGCUGGACUGGUGGUGGAAGAAGAGGCUUUGAAGUCGGUGAAGGCUUGCCUGGAGGGAGAGGUUGACGAAUCGGUAGAGGGAGCCGUGGUUAAUGACGAUGGACAGCUGCUGCUUGACGCGAUUAUGACCAACUUUACAGAGCUGAUUGAUGAUGUUGGUGCUGGCGCAAUGCCAGCGCAGAGUUCUGCAGUUUCUGGAGGCGAGCUGCAGAGUAACAGGGCAUCUGAGGAGUUGAAACAAUCGGGAGAUGGGAUUGAAGACACCAGGCCUGUGAGCAAUUCAGAUAGCAGGCAGAUCGAUGGUGGUGGUUUCGAAGAAGGAGAGAUCGAGGGUGAGCUGCAGGAUUUGGAUUCAGAAGAAUUUGGAGAUUCGGAGCUUGGAGAUAAAGAUGAGAAAUUGGAAGGGGAUUCUGUUAGCAGAGGCUCAGGGGCAAAUGAAUCUUGUGACCAUGAUACCAGGUGUGGGAAUUUGCAUUUGACAUCUGAAAUCAAAAGAAAUGGCUAUCCUACACUGAACAAAGAUGCUAGUGUCAGGGAUGAUGCGCAAAUGUGUGUUACCAGGGCUCAAGCUGUCAGUUAUGAUGAAGUUGUGGAUUGGAAUGAGACACCGCUGCCUAACAAUGAGGCUCCCAACCCUGGGAAGAAGAGAAAACACCAUUUGACAGAAGCGAGAAAGGCUCAGAAGACGAAAAGGAAAAGAAUUAAUAGAGCACAGCAACAGAUAACUGAAGGAGUCAACAAACUGAUACUUAAACCUGUUAUAAAGCCAAAGCCAGUGAAAAAAUGCCACUUCUAUGACCAUGGGAAGUGCCAGCAGGGCAAUAGUUGCAAGUUCUCCCAUGAUUUUACACCUUUGACAAAAUCUAAGGCCUGCUCACAUUUUGCACGUGGUUCUUGUUUGAAAGGAGAUGAUUGUCCAUAUGAUCAUGAGUUGUCAAAGCACUGUUGCCAUAACUUUAAAAAUGGAAUGUGCUUCAGAGGUGAUAAAUGCAAAUUUUCUCAUGUGAUGCCAACUACAGAAGGUACUUCACCACCAGACGCAAAGAAAUCUGAUGCUUCGUUGGCAUUUGAAAAAACAAACCUCAGAGAUCAUACAAGUAGCCAGAAAACCUCAACAGUUCACAAUGGUGAACCUGUGAUCUCUGCUCCUACCAAACAACAGUAUUCCACUCAUAAAUACCUGGCUGGCAUCUCGUUCAACUCUCAAAAAGUUUCUACUCGUAUUCCGAAGGGUGUGCAGUUUCUUCCCUUCAGUAAAGGUGGAUCAAAUUCGAGCAGCCUGCAUCAGGAUGCUUUGUCCAUUGAGAUGCAUAGGAAUGCAAAUGGCAGCCAACAUCAAUACCUUGGAGGACAGCAAACAGAAGAGCAAAAAAAUGUGAAGCAAAAUGGCCAGAAACCAGUUCCACUGCUAGAUGAGAAUAAUUCAUCAAAACAAGCUACUAUGCAUCCAUGUUCAGACCCAAAGAAAGCUAGUUUACCUAAUUCUACCGCAACACCUGGAUCAAUACACACUCAGCAUGAAGUCUCAGAGGCCUCUAGGAUUUUGCAGGAGUUCUUGUUUGGUGCUGGCAGUUAGAGGAAAGUAUGAAUGUACUAUUUUGCCUUUUGAUACCUCUAUAUUACACUUAUGUUUGUGUGCUAUAGUAAGUCAAUACAAAAUUUUGCCAUUUGCAGUACAUGGAUUGAAUUCAUGCCCAUGAACAUACAAGUCUUCUGAUACUCUGCUACCAGCUUCCUUACCUGUUUUUGGCUUUUUGCUAGGCCAACAGGAGUAUAAUUCUGUAGGCAAAUGUAUAUCAAUGCUUAGUUACCAAUAAAGUAGACUUAGGACUUAUUUUACAGAAGUUGGCAAAGAUUUACUAUGGGUCUAUGAAGAAUGACUAUUAUGGACUUACUGAACUUCUGUUCAACCCACAUGGUAGUUACAUGGAGCAAAUAGUUUCUUACACUGGAUGUAAGCUUACUGGUAUGACAAAUGCCUUCUUGAAUCAGUACUUGCGUGAACUAGCUAUGACAUGUGAUUGUUAUGGAUACCUCCGUGAACUAACUUUGACAUGUAAUUCUAAUGAACUGCACUUUGCAAGUCAUUUCUCAGUUAAGAUGCAGACUUUAUACUUUUCCCCUCAUGCAGUUUAUGUGAAUUUGCACAUAAUAUUAGUUCAUGACUCCUCAACUAUCUGCAUGUUCUUGCCUACGUUGGUUGAUAUUCAUUAUAUUGACCUGUACAUAGUUCCUCUGGUUAAAUUUAUUGAUGCUGUUCUUUUUAAUGAAAACUUGCACGUCAAAGUCAUUUCUCAGUUAGAUGCAGACUUUAUGCUUUUCCCCUCAUGCAGUUUAUGUGAAUUUUGACAUAAUAUUGGUUCAUGACUCCUCAACUAUCCCCAUGUUCUUGCCUACGUUGGUCGAUAUUCAUUAUAUUGACUUGUACAUAAUUCCUCUGGUUAAAUUUGUUGAUGCUGUUUUUUUUUAAAAAGAAAACUUCUCAUGGUCUCUAUGCAGCAACUUUGACCAUUAUAUUAUGCCGUGAUAUAUUCAUGGUGGUUAUAAAAGUUGAAGAUUUGCAAGGACUGGAGUGCUAUACCAUAACUGACAAGAGGGCUUCUUCAGUUAAUUCCUUGUGAAUUAUUUCUUGCGACUAUGGAUUGAAUGAUGAUUUUAUCCACAGCUUUGCCAUGGAAAACUAAUGUGAUUCCUUUGUUUUGAUGUCAUGGAAAAGUUGAACUCUAAUUCACGAGGUAACACAAUGGGACUUGAUUUGUCAUUAUUCAGUUUCUAACGACUGUUUUUUGUGGCACCUCUCCUGUCAGGCGGGUUCAGUACAUUUCUUUCUGUUGCAAGAUGCUUCCCCAUGAAAAUGUACUGCGUGUGGGAUGAUUUCUCCAGCUGCUUUGCUAUGAAGCUUCUGCCUUGAUCAUAAGAAGAGGUGGAAGACUUUUUUCAUGCCAGGGAAUCCAGAUUCCUCCAUGCAAAAAGCUUUACGUUGUUGCCACGUGAUCAUGGCAGCUACCGCGAUUGCAAUUAGUCGUGUAUCGCCAUGAUUUUGAGCACAUGCGUGGCAGACUUAUGGAUCCUUAACUGGAGACCAAUGUUAGCCUGGUACAGUGUAUGGUUUGAACUUACAUGCAUGCAUCCUAUCCCAGGGCAGAUGCUAGAGGCCCCAGAUAUGAGCUGGACCUGUAUGGUUGUUGCUUGGCCUCAAAAUCGGUUCGGUCUGUCCGGUGCCUACUUGCUGUCAAAAUCUCGGCAGCUGUUGCAUGAAUUCAGAAUUACAUUCACAUGAUAACUGAGAGGGCUCACAUGCUGUUUUAUCAGUUCCAGCAUGCCAUGCAAGCAGACAUGUGACUUAUGCCCCUCGAGUCCUGCUUGGCUGCUGUCAAAUGACCAAUUGACUGUGACUCUCUAUCUCACCAAGCAGUCGAUUUUUUCUAUUUCUCAUAUGAUGAUGCCGUAUCCCGUGGAUCAGAUUGCGGUCCGCAAAUCUGCAUUUUGUGUUCUGUAUUCGUGUUGCUGCUUUGUUUAUGGGAGUGGUUAAGGUGUAAUUGUCAGUUUAAUUUUUUACCAAGAAUGUGGCUGAGUUGUGUGGCUUGUUAUGCUGAAUGAUGGCCAGUGAGUACUCGGGUAUCCCUGUCACUUCUGAAAGCUAUUGACUUGAAAUCAA